AACAAAAAACACUACCCUCGAAAGAACUGCGCAUGCAAAUACUGUAAGAAAGAUAGAGAUAAAGGAUGCGAAAACCCACAUAAAUGUGCCAUCAUAGCGAAAGAAAUACUAAACAAAAUCACCCCAAAAUUCAAUACAAAAUCCAAACCAAAAAAAGACAGCCUAUCACUCACCCACAGCAGAAAAGAGAAAAACCAACAAGCACACGAGCAAAGACAGGGAGAGAUCAUCUUUGACCCCACAACAACGAUACGAACAACAUUUGGAGACUGCUUUAGAAUCUUUACCGACCCAUCAAAACAAUCAGACAGACCAGCUCACCGCCUGCAAGCCCCAAUGAGAGGACUAAACAUCAUAGAAGAACGCAUCUCCAUCUACACAGAUGGCUCAUGCCUAAAUAACAGAAAAUACAAUGCAAAAUCGGGUAGUGGAAUAUGGAUAUCAGCGGAAAACGAACAAAACAAGAGAAUAAGAAUACCUGGACACCAGCAUUCAAACCAGAUUGCCGAAGUAACAGCGAUCCUAGUCACCCUACAACAAACAGAACCCUACAUCCCUAUAACAUUCAUAUCAGACUCAAGAUACGCAAUUGACGGACUCACCAAACACUUCAGUCAAUGGGAAGAUAAAGGAUGGAUAGACAUAGCGAAUAGCGAAUAG